AUGGCGAAUAAUACCAUCUUCAUGUCUCCAGAAGAGUCGGAGCGUAUCCAACGCACAAUCAAGGAUAUUGCAAGGCUACAAGAAGAACAAACAGGCCAGUCGAGGGAGCCUCCAGAUCCCAAAUUCUUAAUCGAACAGGCUAUCUCUACGUCUCUUAUGCAAGAGAUAUCUUCUGCAGCCUUCGGGCUUUGUGCUCCAAGGAAAACUCGAGAGACGAUGGUAGCUUACGGUGUAGGAAAGCAAUACCUACCCAGCACAGCCAAACUUGCGGAUCUACAACCAAUGACCAUCAAGGACCUGAGAAUUGAAACGCACCACCGGGGCUUCUACCUUUCCUUGCGCCGUGUCUCACCCAUUUCCAUACUCCAGGCAUCCUCCUGGGCCGUCGUCAAAGACCAGUCGUCUGGCGAGGUGGAGCGACUGGAGGUCUUUCUGCAUACAUUACAGUUUUGCGAGAAUACUUUGGAGAUAGCUUCUGAUCUGGUGAUCAAAGAGCCAUACUACACUCUCGGUGCCCAAGGAGAUCGCACAAUUCGGAUAGAUCAUCCAUCAGACCUAAUAGUUACCGCAAUCUCCGAGAAUCCAGAAUCGUGGCGGGACAGUGAACAAUACUCUAGACGACCAGACCUCGUGUCUCCAGGCGAGUACAAGAGGAAGGGAAACGACGCACUUCUGAAGAAGAAGAACUAUGCCGAAGCUCAUUUUUGGUAUACGGAAGGUCUGAAGCUUUCGAAGAGGGACCAAGGUUGCGAAACUGUACGCAAAGACCUGUACCGUAACCGAGCUCAUGUCAACCUUCAACUUGAGAGAUUUGAUGAAGCAACAUCGGAUGCUUUAGACUCCUUGACUCGUGGUGAGACUAAAGAUCUGAGGUCUCUUGACGCGAAGGCCUACAAUCGUGCAGGACUCGCUGCAUACUCUCAGGGCGAGUUUCUCAAAGCUCGAUGCUACUUCGAGCAGCAAGGGAAAUUCCAACCAGAUGACCAGCAGCCCAAGCUACACUUACGAAGAGUCGAUGCAAGACUGCGAGAGGAGGCUGAGGGUACAUACAACAUGGGGAAAAUUGUGGGCAAUCUAUCCAAGACGGGAGGCAGGCCCGAUGCAGCCUCGUAUUACGGUGCAACGGAGAUCAAAAACAGCCCUGGAGCUGGUCGUGGUCUUUUUGCAACCCGAUAUAUCGAAACAAACGAGAUCAUCCUGUGUGAGAAGGAGUUUUGUGCGGCCUGGAGUCACGAGGCUGAAACGUUCACGGCGCUGGCGUGUGACCUUCGAGAAGACGCUAUUAUCAAGGUCUUUCCCACGGGUCUGCAUAAAGCUGCUGUUAAGAAGCUGCUCAACAAUCCAUCUCAGGUCGAGAGAUUCCUCAGUCUACAUGGAGACUACCAUGGACUUGGGAGGAAAUUGCAACAAGUUGACGGUUCACCUGUAAUCGACACGUUUCAGGUACACGAUAUCAUCCAACGCAACGCCUUUAGCUUGGGUCAGCAAACCGAAGACGAAGAUGUCAGCAACGCCAGUACUGGUCUUUGGAUACGGGCAUCGUACAUCAACCACUCUUGUAUUCCCAAUGCAAAGAAGGAUUUCGUUGGCGAUCUCAUCAUCUUUCGCGCCAUAAGAAGAAUUGCAGCUGGUGGAGAGAUCACCCAUAGCUAUGAUGAGUCGACUGGCUAUGAAGCAAGAAAGGCAAACAUUCGGAGGACAUGGAACUUCGAAUGUCGGUGUCAGCUUUGCCUUGUAGAGGGAGCAGAGCGCGAUGAUGUCCGGGAAAGAAGGCGGCAGGCUGAAGAGAAAGCAAAGAGGUUUGUGGAAGCAAAUAGCCCCUAUAGUGCGAGUAGGAUCAUUUUGAGAAAGGCAAAGAUGCUGCGUCGGACACUAAACGAGACGUAUGAUGAGAGGAGCUAUAAGGGACUGCCUCGGCGGGCUCUUGCGGCGAUAGAUGAGUGGCUUCGCGUAGCCAGUACCAGCUAG